UUGGUAAGCAAGCUACUUACCACACAGUGACUCCUACGCCUGAUAAUGUCAACAUUAACAUAAUUUAUUUUUCAUCCUUUAAAAUAUUUUGUCAUUUAAGAUUAUUAACGAAGUUAUUUCACUUUCAACAUUUAUGCAAUCAGCUCAAGAUUUAUAAAAUUACCAACGCAUGCAUUUUUGUUGUGCUACGACACAAACAAUAAGAGUUAUGUGUCCUUAGGUCAAUAAGAUAUUUGUAAACUUAGAUAUUGUUUAAGUUCCCUACUUUCUUCAAUCAUGGACGAGCUCGAUAUGGUCAACCCGAUGGACGAAUUUUAUAAGAACCCGACUAAGAGAUUUUACUCUCUAUCAUCAACUGAGAGUGACAGCAGUGAUGAUCCACCAGACGAGGAAUUGGAGAAAAUUGGGAAAGAACCUAUAGAAUUUUCAUAUGAAAAUACUGAUGAAUUUCCUGAAAACUGGUAUUAUAGUCAAUUCUGGUAUGAUGAACCAACUAUUAAGCUUAUAACGAAUAAGAUCCGUGAAAUAAGUAAAUCUUAUAAAAAAAAAGAAGUACAAAUUGGCUGUGUCUGCUGUCCUACUAUUCACCGAAAUCUUACGGGCACUCUUAAAAAGGGUAAAGUAUUCCUUUUUGAUGUUGAUGAAGCUAAAUGCCAGCAGUUUGAUAAUUAUGUGCCCUAUGACUUCAACCGACCAAAAGAAAUGGGCGAUGAUUAUAAGGGGAAAUUUGAUAUAUUGGUAGCUGACACACCACAUUUCACUUACAUGUGCAUCCGAAAAAUUAUUAUAACCAUUCAGUAUCUAAAGAAGUCAGACUGCAAAAUUAUGUUUUGUACAACUACAGAACAAGAGCCGCUUGUAAAACAUGUUGAAGAGUUGCUUGAACUGAAGAAAACUGAUUGGGUAAUAGGGCAUGCAGGUGGACUGCAGAAUCCAUAUGCAUGUUUUACUAAUCUCAAGGAUGAAUUUCUAGAAGUAAAAAAAGUGGAAACCCCAAAAACUUGAAGCUGCUCACUUUAAGCUCUUUUGUGAAAAUUGAAAAAAUUCAAGUAAACACUGAUAAAGGUGUAUUAAAUUUGAAUAAUUUUAUUUGGGUUUUUAAAAUUG